AUGCCACCGAGCGACGAUGUACCUGGAAUGCGUCGCUGGGUGCAAGAGCUGUUCAUGAGUGAAGCUUACAAUAAGGAGAAGGCCCGAUUUCGAAGUAAAUAUCCACAAGACUUGAAAAAAGUCAACAAAAGCAUCGUUCCAGUGUCAACUCCUGGACAAAAAGACGAGGCCUUCGACAUCUGGGUUUAUGAACCUUUCCUUGAUGAGCAAUCUUCAAGUUCCGAGCUCAGACCAGCGAUACUUAUGUUCCACGGUGGAGGGUGGAUUCACGGUAAUCCAGUUGGUGACGAAGUAUUCUCUGAACUUCUCGCGGCAUUAUUGAAUUCUGUGGUCAUUGGUGUUGAUUACCGACUUGCCCCUGAGCAUCGGUUCCCGGCACCAGUAGACGAUGGUAUGCGUGCAUUGAGAUGGCUCUCCGAUCAUGCACCGCAAUACCGAGUAGAUAUUACGCGUGUUGGUCUAUUUGGUGCUUCUGCAGGGGGGAAUAUUGCUGCAGCGUGCGCCCUCAAGUCUCUUGAGGUUGCAACAGCCAGAGACUGGGUUCUACGACUUGUCAGUCUCGUAGUGCCCGUCACUGCUCAUCCUAAAGCGGAAGCUAUAUUCGAUAAGCAACGAGAGACCGAACAGAGUCAGAACGAGAAGGUCUUUGCAAGUGCGCCGCCGCUUCCAGAAAUUGUCACGCUCGAGUUGACAAAGCUCUUCGGCAAGUGUCUGUACGGUGGAGAGCAGCUGGAUCCGUGCGAUCGAUAUGCCUCUCCUCUUGCGUCAAAACAAGUGCCCGAUCAUCCUCCGACCUUGAUGACGAUUGCAGGGUGUGAUUUCCUACGGCCACAAGGUCUAAAAUAUGCACAAUUCUUGCGUUCUUCAGGGGUCCAGGUUGAGGAAGACAUUCUCCCCGGCGUACCACAUGGAUUCACUUUUGCUUUGAAUUCGGAGCUUGUGACGAGCUGGUUUGAACGCCAGGUUGAGGCUUUCAGAAACGCGUUCAACACGUGUUAA